GUCCAAACGAAAUUAAAUUUUGCCCGACACUUGCUCGCCGAGCGUGGCAACGCCUAGAUCGAUCUGCUGUCCGCUUAGUGUUCGCGUUUCCAAGUAGUGUUCAUAUUUUUUAAUUCACACUCGAAUGAUACUAUCAAAAUUCACAGUUAGUUGUAAAACAACCGAAAUUUGUUAUAAAAUGCGACGUGUUAAGUGAAACUUUUAUAUACACUUCUGUGUAAAUGAAUAACUCUCGUAUUCUCAAGAGUAAAAAAUAUUUUGAUUGAAAAUUUAAAAAAAAAUGAAUUAUAAUUGUACAAACUUCAUUUAAAACAGAAAAAAAAACUCAAAAAUUCAAUAAAUAGUAUUUAUUUAUAAAAGUUAACAGCUCUAUUCGAGUCGUGCUUAAAAAUCCAUUUUACAGUUCUUUGUUUUAUGCGUCGUUCACGCAAGAGAGAGAUAGUCAUUAUCUAGUUUCUAAAAAUGUCUCAUGUAGUGCUGCGAACACUAAGCGGUCACAAUUGUACUUUAUUAUUCUCCCACCUUAUACGUUUUUUCUAUUUGGUUAACGAGAGGCUUAUCGUUGAACGCGUUAUCUAAGGUUUAUCUUAUCCAUUUGACGAGUCGGAUUUGACGAGACUCGAACCAGAUUAUUCACUGACUUUCUGAGGGUCGAAUAAUACGCGUGGUGAGAGGAAAGAGUGGUGUUAUCAGUGUGGAAAGCGGUGAUAUGCGCUCUCGGGGAGAUGAGCGCACCGUGGCCAGUGCAUCGCGGCGUGAUGCAGCGGAAAGUGUUCGAUCGGUCGCACGCAUCCGACAGAAGAAUGAUAAGCAAUCUGCGACCACGUGGAGAUUGUUCAGGAGGGAGCUCGCGGUUCCCGCGCGCAAGGUGGCAGAGAUGAGCGGAAAACACGAAGAGUACCCAGUACCCUGUGACGGCACGCUCGGAUUAUAUUUAGAUAAAUACGUCAGAAGCCGUGGAGAGCGCACGCGGAAAGGUCGAGCCGCGGCCGAUGAGCUUUCGACUAACCAGACUGCUAUGGAACUCUGUUGUAGAAGCUCGUAACCGAACGUUUCCGCUUCGACCCGCGUCAGCCAACCUUCUCACUUUUGCAUGUACCAAAGAAAUUCUCGAGUUUGGUGAUAACUGGCGAAUAUUUAUGUCAGUGCUGAAGUUCGUGUGAUUAUAAACAAUCUUUUAACUUUACUGUUAAUAGUAGAGCAGAUAACGUUGCUUUACAUUAACAUUUUGCUGUUUCGUCUUUAUUUUAACGUUCAAAGAAAUGUGAAAGUUGCGUAAUUUUAAAAGGAGUGAGAUUUAGUAAAAAGUGUGAACAUAAUUGCAAAAUUCUUUAUGUUAUAACAGCAAAAUCGUAGAACUGUUCGGUAGAUUAUUAAAAUUGAGCGAAUAGGGAUUUGCCAGUAAAUAGAUAGUGAUGCAAUUCUGAGUUGCAGACCUAUUAAUGUUUAUUCGCGAAUUAUCGUUAUUAGCCAAUACGGGCUAAUUAUCUGCAUACGAGCGCGUGUGUGUCUGUGUCGUACAAGAAAAGUCUCGGA